CCCACCCCAGCGUGCGCCCUCACGUACACACACACGCACACACAGACACACACACACGCACACACAAGCCGGACAGCAUCCUUGUGAACCCCUAAUGCCGACCUCAGGGCCCUGACGCGUCCGGGCCCUGCCCAGCGGCUGGCUCGGCGGCGCGCACACACGCGCACACGGGCCCCCGCGCGCCCUCCCAGCUCGGCUGCUCGGCUCCCCAGCUCCCCGGCUCCCCGCCCCGGCCGCGGCGGUCGCUGUGAGGCGGGCGCUGUGAGGCGGGAGCUGUGCGGCGCGGCGGGACCGGGCGGGGGCGGCGACCGGGAGCGCGGAGGAGGCGGAGCAGGAGCCGGGAACCGGCUGGCCCGCACCCCUCCUGCCGGCCGGGGAUUUUCCAGCCUGGGCGCUGACGCCGCGGACCUCCCUGAGGCCGCCGCGGACCAUGGGCGACAAAGGGACCCGGGUGUUCAAGAAGGCGAGCCCCAAUGGAAAGCUCACCGUCUACCUGGGAAAGCGGGACUUUGUGGACCACAUCGACCUCGUGGACCCCGUGGAUGGUGUGGUCCUGGUGGAUCCUGAGUAUCUCAAGGAGAGGAGAGUCUAUGUGACACUGACCUGCGCCUUCCGCUACGGCCGGGAGGACCUGGAUGUCCUGGGCCUGACCUUUCGCAAGGACCUGUUUGUGGCCAACGUGCAGUCCUUCCCGCCAGCCCCUGAGGACAAGAAACCCCUGACUCGGCUGCAGGAGCGCCUCAUCAAGAAGCUGGGCGAGCACGCCUACCCUUUCACCUUUGAGAUCGCUCCGAACCUCCCAUGUUCUGUGACGUUGCAGCCGGGGCCUGAAGACACAGGGAAGGCCUGCGGUGUGGACUAUGAAGUGAAAGCCUUCUGCGCCGAGAACCUGGAGGAGAAGAUCCACAAGCGGAAUUCUGUGCGCCUGAUCAUCCGGAAGGUGCAAUACGCCCCGGAGAGGCCCGGCCCGCAGCCCACAGCCGAGACCACCAGGCAGUUCCUCAUGUCGGAUAAGCCCUUGCAUCUGGAGGCCUCCCUGGAUAAGGAGAUCUACUACCACGGAGAACCCAUCAGUGUCAACGUCCACGUCACCAACAACACCAACAAGACAGUGAAGAAGAUUAAGAUCUCGGUGCGUCAGUAUGCAGACAUCUGCCUUUUCAACACAGCGCAGUACAAGUGCCCCGUGGCCAUGGAAGAGGCCGAUGACACAGUGGCGCCCAGCUCGACAUUCUGCAAGGUCUACACGCUGACCCCCUUCCUGGCCAACAACCGAGAGAAGCGGGGCCUCGCCCUGGACGGGAAGCUCAAACAUGAGGACACGAACCUGGCCUCCAGCACCCUGUUGAGGGAAGGAGCCAACCGGGAGAUCCUGGGCAUCAUUGUUUCCUACAAAGUGAAGGUGAAGCUGGUGGUGUCUCGGGGAGGCCUGUUGGGAGAUCUUGCAUCCAGUGACGUGGCUGUGGAGCUGCCCUUCACCCUAAUGCACCCCAAGCCCAAAGAGGAACCCCCGCAUCGGGAAGUUCCAGAGAACGAGGCUCCAGUAGAUACCAAUCUCAUAGAACUUGACACCACCGACGACGACAUUGUGUUUGAGGACUUUGCUCGCCAGAGACUGAAAGGCAUGAAGGAUGACAAAGAGGAAGAGGAGGACGGUACCGGCUCUCCACAGCCCAACGACAGAUAGACUGGGGCCGGCCCUCCCUCCGGGCAGCUCCAGGUCCUCUCUCACACACUAGGAUGCUUGUUUGUCUUCUUCCUGCCCUGGUUCCCCCUCCCCUUUGUUCUUCCAGCUUCUACCGGGGGCCCCAGUGGUCUUUCAGGUCACGGUGGUGAACCUCUGGCCUCAGGAUUGGCCCCGUCACCAUGCCAACAGGGCCACGUGCACCACCCUCACCACUCUCACUGCAGUCACCUCUCCAUCCCCCGCUCUUUUCCUGUUGACCCCCAGAAAGGCCAACAUGGCUCUGGUCUUGGAAUUUGACUUGGGAUGGGGAGCAGAAAGGGGAAGAUGGGGCAUGAGGGCUUGGAGGGGCGGGGAUGGGGGUUCAAGACACGUGAGAGGAUGUCCACCUUCCCAGGUGAUUAACACAGUUCUGGCAGCUAAAACAUGACCGACUCGAAGGCCAGCCUCUGGCUGGGAGGGGCAGACCGGUGGAUAGAUUCUCCAUGCAGUUCUUUUCGCAGUUUGGACCCACCAAACACCUCUCCCCUUCCUCCCCCAUCCCCCCCCCAUGUCCCUCUGUGACUGACAGUGGCAUUGGUGAAGGUUUGUGGACCCCAGGAAUGGAGCAAAGUAGCUGGACUGACUUUCUUACCAGCAGUUACCUAGUCUAAGGCAAGUUGUGUGAAGUAGCCCAAGUCUAUUUCAGUAUCGUCAGGAUGUACUAUCCUAACUGCCUUGUAUCUUGUGUGUGUGUCCUAUCUACAAAUAUGCACAGAGGAAGAGAGAGAGAAGGGAGGGGUCUUCAGAAAGCACCAAGGUCCCGAGGAGGUUUCCUGAAGGGUGACUCUGAGAGAUGGGGGCGGGCUGGGAAGAUGAGAGUCUGCCCAGCUCCCUUCCUUUGUAGACCUAAGAGUGAUCAGUGACCCCUGAAGUGAUUACUGGUUUGGGAAGUGAGGGCUACCGGUGUCCUCCUGCCCUUGCAGUUCUCCAGGGCCGGGCUGGGCUGCCCCUGCAGGCUAGGAGAGAGCACCUGAGGUCACUGUGCCCACAGUCAAAGAGGAUCCUUCCCCAGAAGGUGGCAGGGUCCAUCAGGAUGCCCUCACCUAAAAGGAAGGGGGGGACUCCUUUGUUUCCUUGGGGAGUUGAUGACCGCCCCAGUAGUUCCCAGUGUCAUGGGUACCCAGUACCCAUUGGCUAGUGUUGGUGUGAUUGGGACAUGGGGCAUUUCCAGGGCAACAGGGCAGGCAGACAAUGAGGCAGAAAGUGUUAAAAGGUAUCUGUUUUUGUCUGACCUUUACUGCUCAUUUACUGUGUGACCUUGGGCAAGUUCCCUUCCAUCUCUGGGCCUCAGUUCUUCACCUAGAAAACCAAGGGGUUUGACCAGAUGAUCACAAAGGGCCCUCCCAGCUCUGCCUCCAGGAAUUCGUGAACAUUAGAGCUUCUGGUCUGGUGGGUGGAGCCAGAGCCACUGACUCUGAUCUGUCUGCUACCAGCGAGGAUUCAUUGGACCCCAGAGGUGGCAGGGCCAUGGAGAGCACCUAGCACCACCACCCCACACCCACUCCAGGCCUGAGAAAGGCCCUUCUUGGGCUCCUGAGGGGUUGUGUGAUGUCAAGCUGUGGCCAUAGCUAGCAUGAGCUGCUUGGCCCUAGGGCCCGAGUGUUACAGAAGGAUAGAGCUUGUAUUUGCUGAGGUGGGUGGGGGAAGAGCUUGUGAUAAGCCCUCCAGUACUUCACACCCCCUUUGGAUGUCCUGAAGUUUACCUUAUACCCAAGCAAAUAUAUUGAUUCGCAGGGCAAGGGGAUCUCUUGCUCCUUUCUAUCCCUGUCCCAUACUUGUGAAAAGGGAGAUGGCGAAAUUUUAUUGUACAAAUUGCAUCUCAACCCUUUUCAGUCCAGCCCCUCCUGGAGUGGACCGAGCAACCACUUUCCAUGGUGAAAUUACCCAGUUCACGUGCCUGGCGCUGUACCCCCGCCCUUCCCUUCUGAAUCUCAUGAAGACUCAACCCUAGGGACCCCUACUCCAGGUCAGAACCAAGUCAGCUUGGGGCAGUCACACACCCAUGGCCAGUUCUGGGGUCCCCGCUGCACCCAGCCCCUCCCAGAACCUGCUGGGCAGUCUGUACCUCAUUUGGGCAGCUGGAGAGUUAAUGAGCUGUUGGAACAAUGCAUGGCAAGCAUAUGCUCUUCAGGGUGGUCUUCUGGAACCUUUGGGGCUGAUAUAAGACCCUUUAGGAUUUGGGGGUGAUCACUUGCCUACAAAUAGACCUCUUCCCCCAUUCCUAACCCGGUCACACAAAAGCUUUUUCAGGCUGGUUUCUUGACCUCCUUCCACCUCAAAAUCACACUCACCAUAUUGGGUUUAUCCCAGUGUUGAACUGAAAUUUCUCCAGCUGCAAGAAGCAUCAUGGGCCCAUUUAGCCUUUUAUUUACUCUUUGGGCCCAGGGUUGCAGAAGGGCAGUGGUCAAGUUCAUCUGAAAUUGGCUUAACCAUCCUUGGUUGACAACUUCUCCGCUUGGCGCUGAGCACUGGAGACACAGAGUUGGGUCAGUCCCAGCCCCUGUCCUCAGGAAGCUCAUGGUCAAGGGAAAGUUUUACGGGAAGUAGCGAGGGGGCCAUUGCAUUCAGGGUUCCAUGAUCGCUGCUAGUCUGUAUAGUGCCUUGAUAUGAAUUAGAAAUGGUGUCCCUUCCAGGUGGAUUCCACCCACAUUGGAAUGCACAGCUUCUUGAGUGGUCACAGGCUGGAGUUUAGCCCCACUUGCCCCUGGGCUGGGCGCCCUCCUGCACAGACAUGCACUGCAGCCCAGUGGGACGCUCAGGCUUCUUCCUGAGAGAAAGAACAUACAGAUCAUCUUGCCAAGUUUCUGGUUGGUUCCAGACCCCGCUUCUCCUGCAGUCCCUAAGCAUGACUGAGUUCUUCUCUGCAGGGUCCCUCUCCAUCUGGAGUCAGCCUGUCCAGGGGAACCCUUGGAGUGAAACUGGGGGUGGGGGAGCCCCACUGGGCUCCAGGCACCAGCCCACAGUACUGGCUCUCUCUGUCCACACAUUUGGAGCCUGUGCUGACCCUGCCUCUCCACACUGAGACUUUGCAGUGGGCCAUGCGGGUGGCAUGUAGAUAGCAGUCUGGGCAGGAAGGGAGAGCACGGCUCGGGGUGAAAGUCUGCAGGCAGACGGCCAGCUGGACUUCCUCAGCCUUCCAACCUAGAGAAGAGUUCAGUCCCCGUGAAGAUAAGGACAGAGUUCUUUGGCUAGACUCCACGGGCCUUCUCAGUCUCAGAGCCCAGACAAACAGAGUGGACUCACUUGGGGUCUUGGUUCAGCUGGGGGAGUUGCUGACAAGCUGGUCCCACGCGGUGCCAUGAAGAGCACCCUGGCCUGCGAGUCCACGAUGCCGCUCCGUGUUGGCUGUUACCACCCAGCUGAGGAGCCUGAGCAACUCAUUCAACCUCUUGGGAUUGGUUUCCCUAACUGUAAAAUGAGACUGCCAUCCCUCUCCCGCCCAGCUCGAGGAACUUGUGAGGCCCAGAGGAGAUGCAAGUCAGCUCUGUAAGUUGCAUACGGCUGCCCAGGCUGUGGCCCUGCUGCUGCGGGGGGGUAGCCCAGGGUCACACAGGAAGUUUGCCGCUGGCAGAGCCCUCCCAGCCAUCUUCAUCUCUUGCCCCCAUGUCACUUAGGCAGAGGUCAGCCAGGAUGAGACGAGGCCAGUUCGGCUUUGGUGACCCAGCCGAGAGGGAAAUUCAGAUACUGUUCAGGAAUGCUGUGUCUCCGGGCAGUGGUCCCAGCAACCCAGACAGAGAGACUGGACAUGGAUUGUGUCAGUGAUUGGGGGGGGGUGGGGGCACACCUUGGUGUCAGAGGUCAGGAAGCAUUGGAUCUGAUCCCAGGUUAGGGACAGCCUCGUCCCACAGGCCCAGGGGUGCUAACCCCCCCCCACUACCCCAAGGGUGAAGUGGAAUAGAAGUUGCCUGCCCCUUCCCUUCAAAGUGUAAGACCCCCUCCAGGACCAACCAGAGCCGCCAGUUGUCGCUUCUUGGUGAAACUUGGGAGGGAUUGGGGUCCGGGGAAAACCCAGGCCUCUUACGCUGAGACCUGAGCCCCAGCUGACGCAUCCCCGGUGGUUUCAGCAGCCCACAAAGGCAGCUUCCCUCCUGCCAGCGACUGGGGGCUGGACAUCCUCCACCCAUCCCAGAGGAAGGCAUUAGGCCCCGAUCUUGGACUCUUAUAGGGUCUCAUGGACAUAGGCCUAUACCUGUUCUGGUUUUUAAAGUCAACAA